AUGAAUGAGCCAAUAUUCAUUGAUUUUAAUCUUCUAUGCCCUUGCGGAAAAAAAUUCGACAAUAUUGAAAAACGAAACAAUCAUUAGAAAUGCCAUGAUCCUAAUAAACUCUAUGUCUGCAAGAAUCCAGGUUGUUACAGAGGAUAUUAAACUCAGGGCACCUUGAAUAGACAUUAAAAGAAAUGUUAACUUGAAGAAAAAGAAUUCAAAUGUUUGACAUGUGGGAAAGAAUUUAAGUAUAAGAGUUCACUUACUAUUCACAACCGUAGACACGAGAAAAUUUACUCAGUCAAAUGCAAUUAAAGAGGUUGUAAAAAGACAUUUACAAACCUUGCUUUAAGGAAUUAUCACAUUAAAAAAGCGCACAUUAUGAUUCUUAAAGCAAAUUAGAAUGGUGAAGAGAAUUAAAAGGCUAUCUAAUGUGACCAUAAAGAUUGUGGCAAAAAAUUUGAUACAAUCAGACUCUGGGAGAUCCAUCAUAAUCGGUAUUCGAAGUAUUGUGCGGCAUAAAAGCAUAAACUUAGAUCGAAAUUGGGCAAGACAAAGACCAAACUUAAACAAAUGAGGAAAUAGAAUCUUAUGCUUAAGAAAAUUUUAUUGAAGAGUGGAUAAAACUAUGAGAAAGAAUUAAAGAAAAUGUAGAGUGAUAAAUUUGAUAUGUAAAACAUCGAUUAGAUUUUUAGAGAUGAUGACUCUCCUGUUAAUUUUGACUUUCAACCAUCAAGCAUUUCAUUGAAUGAUUCAUAAAAACCAAUGAGAGGCUUAUAAAGAUAUAAUUAAUAGAGAUAGCAACAAAAAAUUCAAGGAAAUAACAACAUGCUAUCACUUUGUCAUUUCGAAAGCAGAAACUCUUCUAAUACGAGUUGA